AUGGCUGCGUCCACGACCACUGUUGUCUGUUGUUAAUGAUGUACACGUAAUAUUGGUUUAAUUAGCUAGAUUUUAGUUACUUUAAGCAUACCUUUUUAAGUUUUUUAUCAUCAUGGAUGAAACACCAUUUUUGGUAUUACUUGCUUUCGUCAUGUUAGCUGGAAGCUAUUUCGCAGGAUCUAUUCCUUUGGUUAUGACACUCUCUGAGGCAAAGCUACACCUGAUUUCUGUUUUUGGAGCUGGCCUUCUUGUUGGCACCGCUUUGGCUGUUAUCAUACCAGAAGGCAUUCGUUCUCUUUUCACUUCUGGUCAAGCAUCACAUGCCCACACAGCACCAGGAGAAGGGGUCACUAUGUCCGAGGCUACGGAGAUUGCCGAUCUACACACUCUGAUAGGUCUCUCCCUGGUGGCUGGGUUCAUACUGAUGCUACUUAUCGACCAAUGUUCUUCUGCCUACUCCAGAGACGUCGAGGUGGGUGGUAGUGGCGCAGGACCGCUGGGUCACGGACACCGGGCUAGUGUGACGGCAACAGUUGGUCUAGUGGUGCACGCAGCGGUGGACGGUGUAGCUCUCGGCGCAGCGGCGACUACUACGCAGACCGAUGUUGAGAUGAUCGUCUUUAUCGCCAUCAUGCUUCACAAGGCACCAGCUGCUUUCGGGCUGGUCACUUUCCUGAUGCACGAAGGUAUCGAUCGCAAGCGGAUCCGUCGACAUUUGCUGGUCUUCUCGUUGGCGGCUCCACUUCUAGCGCUCGUCACAUACUUUGGCAUCGGUCAGGAAGGUAAGGAAACGCUGCACUCGGUGAAUGCGACGGGCAUUGCAAUGCUCUUCAGUGCUGGGACGUUCUUGUAUGUCGCGACUGUUCACGUCCUACCCGAGCUGACGUCACGCGUAGACGGGACCUUCAAACCCAAUCAGCUGUUUGCUCUUAUAGUGGGAACGAUUCUUCCUGUGAUCCUAACUCAAGGACAUCACCAUUAGCGGCUGUGAUAAUUUUGUUGUGAAAUGUGAAUGGAGGAGCAAGUGAAGAAAUGUGUUAGCAGUGACAAGUUCACACUACGGUUUUAAACACUGCCAGGUUUUAAAAAUAUACAAUCUUAUAAAAACAGAUAAAUUAAUGGGAAUAACACAUUUUGGUCUUUAUUUAGUCAAUAAAAAGGUGGACGAACAACAGAUAUAACUAAAGUGAUUUAAUAAAGAAAACAAAAAUCUGCUUUAACCUUACUUCAUUAGAAACCUAUAGAAAAUCAAGACAUUAUUUCAAGCACCCUUCCAGUGGUGGUGAAGGGAUCGACUAUUUUUUACUAUUGAUUUGCUGUUUGAAGGCUUGAGUUUUAAGAUUUUGUUGAGUUGUUUUUCAACCUCAGUAUUCGUUUAUCAACUAGUCUGAAAGGCAUCAAAUGUUUGUACAGUUCUGUUAGGUUUAAUCAACUGUAAGUGCUAACAGAUGUGAUAAGAACUCAAGUGUAAUCAAGAGUAGAUGACUCUUGGUAUGAUUCGUUAACAAUGAUUUUUGUUCUUGAUCUUUCAUAUAGUUUGAACAACUUUUUAUACUGGGCUUCAAAAUCACUAUUCAAAAGAUUCUUGAGUAGGAAAAUAUUUUAUUAAAUUUGAUUAGUGUAUGUAAAAUAUAUUUAUACAUCACAAAACUUGUUUAUCAGUUGUAAUUGUUGCAUAUGUACAAAGUUAGGUAUUUCUGUACGAUAUAUUGUUAAGGAUAUUGUAAUGGAUAUAACUAUAAGUUUUAAAAUUUUAUUUGUCAAAAAGCUUUGAAAAGGAAGUUGUGAUUGAUUAUUAUCAACUUAUCAACACAUUGUGAGUCAACGAGCAAUGAUCUAUGAAAGGUAAAAAUGUUUUUUUUUUUUUUUUACUAGGCUAUAGGCCGAAAUUGUUUUUCACAUUACUUCAGACUAGGCCUAGAGGUUGCAGCUUUUAUCUCCAAGAUAACAUUUGUUGGCAAUUGGUGGGAUUUGAACCCGGGACCUCGGGGAAUAAAGUUCUAUGCUCUAGUUCUACAGCUAGACCAGCUCACUCCCCCAUAAAAAUUUCAUAUCAUGAAAUGGGAAAGUAAUAUCUUCCUCAGAGCAGAAAUUGGUCUUGGCCACUUAUGCUCAAAAUUAGUUCAGUAACACUCAAUUUGAGAACUUUUACAUUAUUUUAUGUUUUUCCAUUAACUAUGUGUUUAUAAAAUUGGUUCAUUAUGGUUCUAUUUAAGUUUUACGGCAUUCCCGGUGUAACUAAUAAAUAAAACUGAUGUUCCUAAGAAAAUUAAAGCUAAAAGUGCAAAGUGGGAAGUAUAGCUUUUGGAUAUUAGAUGGAAAUAACAAUGUUAGUUAAAUUAAAUUUAAGUAGCAAAUUAAUUCACAAUGUGCAAGAAAAAUUUUGCCAUCUCUGUGCAUUUCUCAUGCAAUUUUAAUAAAACCGUUCUUGAGGCUGUAACCUGGAAAGAUUAAUUUUAUAUUUAAAAAUUAUUUGAUAUACAUUUUAAUGUCUUUUUACUUAGUUUGUAUUUUUCAUAAUUAUUUUGUAGCUAAAAGCUUAGAAUACAUUGAUUGUUCUUUUACUUGGAAAUGUAUAUUUCUCAAUUAUAGCCUUAUUAUUUAAGAUAUUUAUACUGCUGUUUUGUAAUGUUUUUUAAAUAUUCCUAUAACGUAUAUGUUUGUUUUGUUUGUAUAUAUUAGAUAUUAAUAUGGUGAUAAGGGUUUUAUAAUUAAGGCCUCAUAGUGUAAAUGUAUCGUAUAUUUGGUCUGGUUAUGCACAAAAUUCUACUAUUUUUUCAAAAUUGCAAUUAUGUUAUUACCCAUUCAUUAUGAACAUAGUAAAUAAAAAGUGAGUGAGUAAUUAAUGGAAAUAAUUUUGCAAUCUUUACUCAAACAAUACCUAUAAAAUUUUGUAAAGAUAAUGAAAAUCUAUCGCUGGACUAAAAUGUACACUUAUUAUUACUCAAUUG